AUGUCUUGUAAAGUUCAACCUAUUUAUCUUAAUGAUGAAUUAAAUAAAAGAAAUGAAUAUAUAAUUCUUCCUGUUCAAGAAUAUGAAAAUGAAAAUGAAAAAACAUCUUUUCAAUGGAAUAUAUUUAAAUUUUUUAAGAAUCGUAAAAACCCUCAUACUGAAAAUGGUGAAGAAUUUAAAUCACCACUUUCUGUUCAUACAAGAAUACUCAUAUUAAUAUUUGGAUUUUCUUUUUUAUCUUUUAUUUUUUAUAUUGAAUAUAGUCAAGCACCUAGAUAUCGUUCUUAUUAA